AUGGCUGUAAAGAGCGUCGAAUACUCAGCUGAAGAGCGUCGGCAGGAUGCCAACGUCCAUUCGCUGUUCGGUCGAUAUCGCUGUGCGUCGACGGUGCCUCCAGUGGCCAAUUGGGGGAUCGUCUCGCUUCAUAGCUUCUGGUUUGGCUUAAAUUCUCGGUUUGAUACGGACUUUCCUAGUGAGUUGAUAGGACGCGUUGCUCCUGAAGAGCUUUCUGAUACCCUCGGACGCAUCAAUAAUGUUCUUAAACGGCACGUGCAGAUUUCGAGUCGAUGGUUGUUGUGCGGCUUGCUGUUUUGUUGCUGUUCGUUUGGAUGCUCACUGUUUCCUGUUGUUUGCCUUAAUAGGAGGACAGUGACCGCCGUUGAGAAGACAUUGGACCAUGAGAAUGUCUGUUUGUAUCACAAACUUGGCCUACACUGGCGUCUCGUAAAAUGCCCAAUGGAUGGGUCCCGGUUAACGGAAUAUGUGCUAGAAUUGCAGACUCUUCCGAAAGUUCAGCUUAUGAUGCCAGAUUGA